AUGAAAUCCUAUCAGACUAAUGCAAAACUGCAUAAUCAUAAAGAUGUACAACGCGUUGCCGAAGCUCAACAAUAUCAUGCGAUUGAUGAUGAUCAGACAGUUGGAAUUAACGGAUUGCUUAAACGCUCACCCAAAUAUAAAUCGAGUUUUCUCACUGAAAUGUGUUGGUUAAUAAGGCGUUCAUCAAUUGACACAUUUAAAAAUCCGUCUAAGUUUCGUAUUCGUUUUGUUUUAUCAAUAAUUAUCGGUGUCCUAUUUGGUCUUCUAUUUCUACGAUCAGAAUAUAAUCAGCAAGCAUUUCAAAAUAUAUCAGCAGUUAUAUUUAUGCUCAUUAUUAAUUGUACAUUUUCAAACGUACAAGAUAAUGCCGAUGUAAUCUGGAAUGAGAACAGAUCGGUAUUAGCAUUCAUAGCACCAUCGCCUGAUGCUGCUAGUGCAAUGGUUAUUCCUCUCGUUAUUUCACUUUUCGUCUUCGUAGGUUUUUUUAUUAGUACAAAAACAAUACCUAAUUGGCUUAUUUGGAUAAAAUAUCUUUUGUGGCUUUAUUAUUCAAAUGAAAUGCGCUUAAUUAAUCCAUGGGAAGACGUUAAAUCACUCGAUUGUAAUCAAGUAGGUAAUGGAACUUGUUAUCGUAACGGUACUGAUGUGCUGGAUUAUUGUGUUUUCAAGAAGGUGCAUUAUAAUCGUAAUUUGGGUUUACUUUUUGCUCUCUUUAUUGUUUUUCGAUUGAUUAGCUUUGGAAUCUUAGUGUUACGAGCAAAAUUUCAACGAAAAGUUGGGUAA